UGUCAAAACUCAAAAGUGUAAACAAAAGAAACAUUGGAAGUUGGAACAAUAAGUUCAAAAUUCAAAUAAUUUAUUGGAAAAUAAAUGCUUACCGUUGAAUGUUUAUAAUAGGAAAUGUUUCUAAUUCAGAUAUGUAGGUGAUAAUCUGACCUAUCAAAGGAAAAAGAAUCCAUUGUUGUUAAAACAUUUACAAAUGUUUAGGAGCUCCAAGCGCUAAAUAAUAAUACAUAUCAUCAUAACAAAAGCAAUCCGAGUUUCCUUAUAAAUGUGCAACAUUGUAGUUUUACUUGACCGGCUGUAAAGAUGAAGAACACACGUGCCAUAGUGUGCAGACCUUCGUUUGUAAUUUGCGUGUUAUUUUUGUCUUUUUGUUCAUGUUUGUCGCCGCAGUGCAGGGAUGAAAAGGGUGAACCUGUUGACUGGUAUUAUGUGUAUAAAUUACCCAGAGAAAGGAAUCACUUAAACCCUCUUAUAAGAGAAGGAGUGGCAUAUAUGUAUCUGACUCCUUCAAAGCUGAGAGGAGGUUGGAUUAUGUCUAAUAAAGCUAUAGGUGAUCCACUGUCAAUGGUUGGAAGGACAUUAGAACCUUUGUAUAAGGAUAAAAAUACAAUUUCUGUCCUGUACAAUGACCAGCCUCCAACAAACGAAUAUCAACCGGAUAUGCUUCAGUCUGUUGCUGCAAUGUAUUCAAGAAGUAAAAAAGGUCAAACUAAAAACGGCGGCGUGAACAGAUACAGAAAGUUCAAACUCGGCGAAAGUUAUUACGAUGACUACGAUUUAGUGGAGAUGUGUAAAAUGCACGCAAAGUACAUGAAGACUAGAGUUGAAAAUGGACACACCAAGGGCGUUGUGUUGGGGGACAAGUUCACCUCGUUGUGGCUUGUGCAUUCCGUGCCGAGGUUUCCACCAGUGCCCAAUAUGCAUGGUUUAAACGUCAGCUCCUACAGUUACCCAGCGACUGGUAUGAAGUACGGCCAGUCUUUCCUCUGUGUAUCAGUACAAACGUCCACACUGAACCAGAUCGCAACUCAGCUGAAGUACAAUGAACCUCUGAUUUCAUACUAUAACUUACCAGAGGAGUUUAACAGUGAACUACCCAAUUUGGUGGAUGUUGUGAAAAAUAAGACGAUAAAUGCGGCGCCUUGGUACCAUAUAGAAAGUUUCGAAACGUUGGGCGGCCGCAAGUUUCUCUCGUUUGCCAAGACCGGCAGGUUCAACGACGACUUGUACAGCGGGUUGGUGGGUGAAGUUCUGCAGUCAGAUUUACUUGUCGAAUCCUGGACCAACGGACCUGGGACUUUGGACUCGGAAUGUACUAGACAUUUUCAAGUACGUAACAUAGAGCGGCUCAAGUUCCCGAUGGCCAAGAUGUCGUUCACGUCGCACAACGACCACUCGAAGUGGGCCGUGGCGGUGGCUCACAAGAUGCACAACAGUCAAGACGCUAAGGUCGCUGACUACUGGGUCUGUGUUGGAGACAUUAAUAGAGCGUUGUCUCAAGAAGCUCGAGGCGGAGGAACAGUCUGCACGUCGGGCCCGAUACUAUGGGGUAGCUUUGCACAUCUUAUAGAAUCUGUUCAGAAUUGCCAUUGAUAUAGACUUCUAUCUUAUAACUAGACAUAGUCUGCUACACCUCACACAUGGUGAUGAAUUUUGUUUAGACAUUGUCCUUAAUUGCAUGGUUACAUUGCAUGGUACUCCAAUCAAGAUUUUAGUUGUUGUACACAAGAACUGAUAUCUUUUUUUUUUGGCAAUAAGAAAGGUAGGACAAUAAUUUAAGCGGAUUUCACUCCUAUAUUAUGUCAAAAUUGCAGCUCAUUCAGUACAGAAUUUUCGAGUUUUUAAAGCGAACACAAACCAACAUAACAUUUUUAAACAUUGAUUUUUUUAAUGAGCACUUAUUUUAUUAACUUCAAACCAUUGUAGAGUUGUUUACUUCGUGAGUAAUUUCUCUUUUAUUAAUUUUAAACGUAAGUCACGUGAGUGAUGAAUACACUAUCUCAUGAAUAUCAUUAUCAAGAUAAGUAAGAUUAUAUAACUAAGAAAAAGAAAUGGUCCUAUUAUCCUUGAGGGACACUAUUUUUGCUACAGAUCCGGUAGACUGCUUUCUAUCUACAUUCUAAAUUAAAUCAAAAGACACCCUUGUAAGUUUGUGGUUUUAACAAAAAUGCCGUAGUUACUUGAUUUGUCAGUAAUGUAGUUUCUCGAUCAAUGACAUUGAUUGCACACAAUCAAAUGCCUUGGAUAGGUCUUAAAACACGCGCCACGUAGAUUUAAAGACAUUUUGUUCUUAAUACUGUGAUUAUUAUUAUAUACCUACUUAACGUAAAUAUUAUUCGAUAUAGCAAUAUUUUUGCCAUUAAAAUAUUCCAUAUUUUUCCUUUUUCUAAUAAGUUCUAAACUACAUAUUCUUGUUUUAUAUAUUAAGUGUAUUGUGAUCAGAUGUAAAUAUAUAACAUAUAAAUAAAUUAGUAAGUAGUUAUAUAGAUAGGUUUAGUAUUUUUUUAUAUUGUGUAUUUGUGUAAGGAAAUGUGUAUCAAGAAA